AUGUCUCAUUUCAUUAGUAAUUACGAUUGUCUACUUUCUUCUGAUGAUGAGUUGGAAACAAUUGUAACUGCCUUUUUAAUUGAAGAUUCAUUGGAUGAUGAAGAAGGUUCGCGAUCACAUAUCAUUCCCGGCAAGCAACGACGUGUAUUUAUUAGGAGAAAUCCUUUGGAGGGUCACAUACGUCUCUUCAAUGACUACUUUGCUGAUCCAUCGGUAUAUCCUCCUAAUAUAUUCAGGAGGAGGUUUCGAAUGAAUCGUGACCUCUUUCUUCGAAUUCUUAACAAUGUGAAGAAUCAUGAACCAUACUUCGUUCAAAGAAGAAAUGCUGCUGGAACUCUUGGGCUUUCUUCUUUACAAAAGGUGACUGCCGCCUUGAGGAUCCUUGCUUAUGGAGUUGGAGCUGAUCUCAUGGAUGAGUAUGUAAGAAUUGGAGAAACCACAGCCAUAAAGAGCAUGAAACUUUUUGUCAAAGCGGUAAUCUCAAUCUUUGGAGAUGAGUACUUGCGGUCUCCAAAUAGCAAUGACAUUGCUAGAUUGCUAGCAGUCGGUGAGAAACGGGGAUUUCCAGAACUUGCUGAAGGUCGUGCUCCUAAAGUUAACUACUCAAUCAAUGGCCACGAUUAUACUAUGGGAUACUAUCUUGCAGAUGGAAUCUAUCCUUCAUGGUCUACAUUUGUCAAAACCAUUCCAACACCACAAGGUCAUAAAAGGCAAUUGUUUGCAUCAGCUCAAGAAUCUACAAGGAAGGAUGUCGAGCGAGCAUUUGGAGUUCUACAGGCACGCUUUGCAAUUGUUCGUGGACCAGCACGAUAUUUUUGUCAAUCUGUACUGAAAGAUAUUAUGAUGGCGUGCAUAAUAUUACACAACAUGAUCGUUGAGGAUGAAAGAGAUUCUUACCUUAGAGCACAUGACUUUGAUUAUGACCAAGAAGAUGAUACAAACCUAGAACCAAUUUCCCAUUAUCCCACUUCUCAAUUUGUGGAUUUUCUUCAACGUCAUCGCGGCAUUAGAAACAAAGAAACUCAUUCACAACUACAAUUUGACCUUAUUGAACAUCAAUGGAUGCUACGAGGUGAAGAGUGA